AAGGAGCGGGCGGCGGGGCUAGUGGCGCGAGCGCGGGUGCCUGGCUGCUUGUGUCCAGAUCGUUUCCUGACCACCGAUUGGUACCCGAUUCAAAGUAGCCCCCACUUCCCCUCCUGGUUUUUUUUUUGGGGGGGGGCACUUUCAGGCUGAGGAUUUUGUUGAGGAGUUUCUGCCCCCCUCCUUGCGUCAGCCCCACGUCACUCGACCGGUGGCAGCUCCUGGGCUCGGCGCUGGAGCUUUAUUAUCAGCCGCCAGAAGAAGAGGGGCAGGCGGUGGCGGGAUCGCGGACGGGCGUGUGCCAGAGGGGGCUAGGAGGCGGCCGGGAGUCGAGCCCCCUCCGGGCCGGCCUCUCCCUUUCCCUUUCCUAGCGCGGCUCAGUCCAGGCAGGUUCAGCCGCAGGCUCCCCGGGCACUGGCUGCUGCGCCACGAGGGCCGGCGAAGGCGAGAGGCUCAAGGGACGCCACGAGGGAGAGUGCAGAGGAUGCCCGAGUGAGCACCCGGCGUUGGACGUCGUCGCUGCUUCUGCUGCUACUGUUGCGCGGGCGGCCGCGCUGGAUUGAGCGCGCUCGGCGCGGCGGGAGAGGGCGGCGGCGGCACCCCCAUUGCCCGCAUGGGGGCCUGGCCGAGGACGUGGUGGUGGCGGCCGCCGCAGGGCCCUCCUCGGCCGUCGGCGACCCCCGCCCGCUUCUGGAGCUUGUGCUGGCUGGUUCUGGGCCCGUGGAGAGGGCUCCUGGUCGCCGCCUGCCCCAACGCGUGCACGUGCAGGCCCGAGCGGAUCUGGUGCAGCGACCCUGCCGCCAGCCUCGUGUCCUUCCCCGUGCUCGGCAAGAGGAGCGAGCGGGAGAAAGUCACCGACAUUUAUAUUGCAAACCAGCGGAGGCUAGAAAGCAUCAAUGAACAAGAUGUUGGCCUUUAUAUAGGAUUAAAAAAUCUAACUGUGGUGGAUUCAGGUUUGAAGUUUGUCUCACGUCAAGCUUUCCUGAAAAAUACCAACUUACAGUACAUUAACUUCUCAAGAAACAAGCUCUCAAGUUUGUCUAGAAAGUCUUUCCGUCACCUGAAUUUGUCUGAUCUGAUUUUGGAAGGUAACCCAUUCAAGUGUUCCUGUGACAUAAUGUGGAUCAAGAUAUUUCAAGAGACCAAGAGAUCAAAAACAGAAAGUUGGGAUUUUUACUGUGUGAAUGACUACAACCAGAGGGUAUCUCUGAUGGAGAAGCCAGUCCCAAACUGUGGCAAACCUUCAGUUAACCUGAGCACACAUAACCUUACUGUUAUUGAAGGGAGAAGUGUCACAUUGUAUUGCGAUGCUGCAGGAACUCCACCACCAGUUCUAUCUUGGAUUUUCAGUAGUCUUACUUCAAAACAUGAGAGUGAUACAAAUAAGAACCCAGCUUCUUUUACCAUAAAGAAUGUCUCAUCCAAUGACAGUGGAGCACUAAUUUCUUGUGUAGCAGAAAACAGUGUGGGCGAAGACCAAGUUUCUGUUGAUCUCACAGUGUUCUUUCCGCCAAAUAUCACAUUUCUUGAACUGCCAUAUCCGGAUCACCACUGGUGUAUUCCAUUCAGUGUAAGAGGAAACCCACAACCUGUCCUAACAUGGUUGCACGAUGGAGUAAAACUGAAUGAAUCGGACUAUAUCUGGACAAAAAUACAUGUUAUCAAUCAGACUGAAUACCAUGGCUGCCUUCAGUUGGAUAACCCUACUCAUGUGAACAAUGGAGAUUAUACCUUGGUGGCAUACAAUCAACUUGGAAAAGAUGAAGCAAGCAUUUCUGCCUAUUUUAUGGAAGAUCCUGGAGGUAGUAGUCCAUACUAUGACCAUAUCAGUUAUGGGGGAUCUGAGGAUUAUGGGACCACACCCAAUGACUUUGAGGACACCACAAAUAAUAGUAAUGCAGUUACUUCUACGGGUGUUUCAAACGACAAUGAAGAUAGCAUCACUGUUUAUGUUGUAGUGGUGACUGCUGCAUUAGUGUGCACUGGCUUAGUUAUUAUGCUCAUUAUUCUCAAGUUUGGAAGACACUCAAAGUUCGGAAUGAAAGGUCCUUCUUCAGUUAUCAGCAAUGACGACGAUUCGGCAAGUCCGCUGCAUCACAUCUCCAAUGGGAGUAACACUCCAUCCUCUUCUGAAGGUGGCCCAGAUGCAGUAAUUAUUGGAAUGACUAAGAUUCCCGUAAUUGAAAAUCCUCAGUAUUUUGGAAUCACAAACAGUCAACUCAAGCCCGAUACAUAUAUGGUACCCAAACAGCUUUCUCCUUACAAAUUUAUUCAGUUUCAUAACACGUGGGGCUUUCACACUUUGAUACUGGGGCAGCCAUUGAACUACAAGAUUGCUAAAAUGCAGAGCUCUCUUGGAGGAGAAAGGACAUUAAAAGAUGCUAGCGAUAAUGCCCGCAAAGACUUCCACCGAGAAGCAGAACUACUAACUAACUUACAGCAUGAACACAUUGUGAAGUUCUAUGGAGUAUGUGUGGAGGGGGAUCCUCUCAUCAUGGUCUUUGAAUACAUGAAGCAUGGGGACCUCAACAAAUUCCUCAGGGCUCAUGGACCUGAUGCUGUUCUGAUGGCUGAAGGUAAUCGUCUAACUGAGCUGACCCAGUCACAGAUGUUGCAUAUUGCCCAGCAAAUUGCAGCUGGUAUGGUUUACUUGGCAUCACAACACUUUGUGCACCGUGACCUUGCCACUCGAAAUUGUCUAGUUGGUGAAAACUUGUUGGUAAAAAUUGGAGAUUUUGGAAUGUCAAGAGACGUGUACAGCACAGAUUAUUACAGGGUUGGUGGACACACCAUGUUACCCAUUCGUUGGAUGCCUCCUGAAAGUAUAAUGUACAGAAAAUUCACCACUGAAAGUGAUGUAUGGAGCCUUGGAGUUGUUUUAUGGGAAAUCUUUACUUACGGCAAGCAGCCAUGGUACCAGCUCUCAAACAAUGAGGUAAUCGAGUGCAUCACUCAGGGCAGAGUUCUGCAGCGACCUCGUACGUGCCCAAAGGAAGUGUAUGAUCUGAUGCUGGGUUGUUGGCAGCGGGAGCCUCAUAUGAGGCUCAACAUCAAAGAAAUCCACUCCCUCCUUCAGAACUUGGCCAAGGCAUCACCUGUCUACCUGGAUAUUUUAGGGUAGAAACUCAUAAGGAAUGUAUGAACCAAAAUGUUCAGUUGCCACUAAACUCCAUUAAAAUGUGUUCUUACCUCUGAAAGUAUUAAAGACAAGGAAAUGGAGAAGCUUUCAAAGGGCAAGCUGUGUGCAUUUCUCCCUCUGUAGACACAAUAUUGACAUUAUUGAAAUAUAUCUCUUCUCUCCAUUCUUUCUGUUUCUGUUUUUUCCUCAAUUUGUAUUCAAUCUGGCUUCUGCAUUAUUAUAACUCUGCAUAGACAAAGGCCUUAAAAACCUGACCUGUUAUAUCAACAGACACGCAGUUUUGCCCAUCACAACUAAUAAUGCCUUGUAUUCAUGCCUUUGAUCUGGAUAAAAAAGGGAAAAUGACUUCGUGACUUCUGUAUGGAUAUCUGGAGCUUCUAUGGAUUCACUUCUACUUCAUUUCUUUGGCAUCUGGGUGGAAAGCAGAAGACUGGCAUUCUCUAUGGGAAACUUUUUUUUCUAGCUGUGAUCAAGCCAGAGGGAAACAUAUCAGCAUAUUGUAUAACACACUGUAUAAAGAAAUUAUAGGAUCAGAUGGCAUCCAACGUACCACUUUAACAUGUAAUGAAAUGAUUUGACAAAAGGGUAAGAAUGCCAUGAUUUCUACUGAGAAAUGUUCCAAGCAGAAAAGGGGCUAGCAUUUUUGCAUUGAUAGAUGUGUCAAUACAAUCCAUUUUGAAGAGUAAAAUGUGCUGCCAACAUUGCCCAAAAUGCUCAACCAGGACCACCAUCCCCGAAUUGUUUCACCAGAAGGAUUUGUUAUGCCAUUGCUGCUUAUCUUCUCUAGUGAGAGUUUGGCAAUGCUAGUGAAAGAUGGGAUGUAUUAAAGUGCAGUAUAAUUUUCAGGGCGAUUUCCCAGAACAUGAUAGCUUAGAUGAGAGAGGACAGACGCAGAUAUGGAGGGAAGCUUAUCCUGUAUGAUGCUGUUUCAACAGCGUGUUCCUCCUUUUUUUCUCUUUCCUAUUCCUCUUUUCACCCCGCUGUGCAAACCAAACCUAGCAUGGUCUCUGUCUAUUAAUACCUUUUGUGCAUAAAACAGUUGCUUAUCUAAGUGUACACCCAAACUCAUCAAGGAAAACCUCUGUUUAGUUGUAGGGGAGGUUAACUACAUUCAAACCUGUUUACACUGUUACAAAUGCAACAGAGUAAUUCAAUAGUAUGAUGGGUGAGAGAAGAUGGCCAAAAAGAUACUAGAUAAGAGGGAAGUUCACUCUAUGGUGCAAAACUUUAGGGCCAAAGUUCAGCACCAGUUUCUGGUUGAUCAAAUGGGUAUAUUCCUAGCCGCCAAGUGUUUUGUUGUUAUUGAUUUAAGGUGGAUACUGUGUGAAUACAGCAUGGGUGAUAGAUCGAAGAAGACAAGCUCAUGGCAUAGAUAACGGUUUUUCAAAUAGAUGUGAAAGAUUUUACAUUUGUCAGGUCAUUUUAUAUUAUAAAUACUAAAUGGUAAGAUCAAAUCAAACUCUUUUUCUCCAUCUGAGUGAAGGGUUCUGCAAAAAAAAUGAGAUUUUUAAUAACACAACAAGGUCAUCAAUGUUUGUUACUGUUGUUUUAUUUAAGAAGCUAAGCAUUUAUUUUAUUAAGUGUAUCAAUAUUGGUUAAUAUACAUUUUGCUUGCAUUUUUAUUGAGUACAAUAUUUUUGUUUUUCCUCAAUGGUUUGGAAACUUUUCAUAUUCAAAAACUAAACUAAAAUAGUUAAUGUUAAAAAAUGUGAUGGAGUUGGAUUCUCUGAUGUAAUUGACAAAAGUUAGUGAACGGUACCUAUAACCAUGUAACUCUAAAGCCAUAUAUAUUAGUUGCUAAAUAAGGUUUGACCAGUGAUAUUUUUAAAUGACAAAUGAUGGUUAAUAUGAAAUGAACUUUGAAAAGUAUAUCACUGAUGGCUGGGGAGAACUUAACACAGAGACAAAACAGUGUUGCACAUUGUCUUACCUAUUACUUUUAAGGUGUAAUUUAUUUGUUUGCUUGUUUGCCUGUUUAUUUAAAAACAUCAUUCAACUUCAUUUCCAAUAUGUGAUAAAUGUGUAAAAUAAAAAUUUUAAAUGUCAGAGAUCAGCAAGAGGCAUAUCUGUUAAGACCCAUGUGUUCCAUAGUCAUUUCUCAAAAUCUUUAUUUAAAGAUCCCAUUUUAUCUAACAAUACAUGCUUUUUGAGAUAGCCUCAUCUUGAAAGCAACUUUGUAUAUUGUAUGAGUAGAGAAAGACUGUAUACCAAAAGAAAUGUAUAAUUUGACCAGAUGGAGGUUUUUUGUUUGUUUCCUUGCUGGAGAAGCAUUGUGGAGUCAUUAAAAAUGUUGUGUUAUUAUAUAGUGUGCUGUAGCAUAACCAUGUGUCUGUGUUAAAGGACCAAAUUGUUCAAUACAGCCAGAGUUCUGUACAAUGUGGAUAAAGCUUGGUCUGUACUGCAAAUGUGGACCUUAGUGAAUAAAAGCUGCCAUUGUAGGAAAGGUGUGAAAUACUAUCAAAGCAACAUUUGCAUUUAUUCAUUUUUGUUGGAUGUACAUAAAAGAAAGUGUCAAGAUUAAAAAAGAAAUAGAUUCAAAGGGGGAGUUAAAGGUUUAUUGUGUACAUAGUUGUCAUGCUUAUGACUUCAGCUAAACAUUCAACUCUGAGCAAAUAUGACAAUCAGGCUUAUUAAUAAAGUAAAAAACUUUCUUGACUAUGCUACAAACAAUCAUAUAUAUAAUAUAUGUUAUAUAUAUGUGUUUACAUAAGUAAUGUAUAUAUAUCCACAGUACAUACAUAUCUGUAUAUGUAUUUUAUAAAUAUUUGAUUUAUACAUAUGCAGACAAUAUAAUUGGGUGUAUAUGUAUAAAUUUCUGUACACAUAUAUUCUUGCUAGUAACAUAUGGGGUCAGUGAGAUCAAUAGACUUAUAGAUAGACUGAUAUGCUGAGUAACCAAAAUCCAUUUAUUUUCCACAUUUUCUCUAAGUUUUUUUAAUAACACGUUUUCCUCAGACAUUUGAGAUCAGUAUUUAACUUGCAUGUAGGUCUACAUAAGUGGAAAAAUUCUAGGAAGAAGGUUACAGAUUGUUUUCUAAAUGUUUAAAAUAGUAUCACGGUCUUCAUUUCAUCUAUUGAUUUCUUGCAGAGGAAUUAACUGAUUGUGUUUAUGGGUCUCCUUUGAGGCUAAGCUAUUCCUCACUCUUAUUUGUGAUUAUGUUGACGAGCAUCCUUUCCCACAUUGUGAUUUCCCAGUUGUCACUAAUACACAGUCGCAUUCCAAGGAUAAGUUUGAAAAUUCAGGUACUGUGUAAUGGAUGAGAUAGAAACAAGGGGAAAAUAGUGUUCAAUUAAAGCUAGAGAUGAGAUGAGUUUUGUGUAUGCUUUGUGUCUAAAUUUGCAUGUUCAGUUAGAGAGAAUUUAUCAUCAAAUUGUUAAUCAAAUUAGUCAAAAAUCUUGGGACAUGAUUCAGUGUGAAGACAGACAACCUCCCAACAGCUUUUUAAACACUAGGGAACACUAUAGUCCCUGAGAUAAAGUUCUUAGACAGCAACUCAGAGAAGCUCCCAAAACUUGGGAAUAACAAAGCUGUGCAGUCCCUGAGCUUGUCGGACUAACAGAGAAUCUCCUCAAAGCAACUGAAUUAAAGCUGAUAUAUUCUAUGAACACAAAGCUGACAAACUUUUAAGCAGGGCUAGAGAGAGGCUCUUCCCAGUCAUAUGGGUUGGAGUAAGACUUAUGUCAUUUUAAAAAAAUCUUUGCAUUAUCCAUGAAGUAUAGAAUUGAAUACUGUAACCUUUGGGCUAGGUUAGGGGUUACACAAUUUCCUGGAGGCUUAAAUGCUGCCCUUUGGGGUUGUUUUGCACAUUUCCCUCUAGUAUCUAUAUUUGAAAGGCAAGUAACAGAUCUGGAGAUGCUUUUUUGACAAUAACAAAAAGCCAAAAUGAAACUGAACUUAAUGUUCGGGUAGAUUUGCCAACCUUCAGAAGGUGUCUGGUAUAGUCUUGGCCUUGUUGUGGCCUCCCUGUGAAAGAUUUCCAUGAUUUCGCUCAGCAUAUCCUGCUCAUGACUGGCCAGACAUGAUCUCUUUAGGGGGUGAUGCAAGUGUGGCCUUACAGGACAGAGAAGAUGGGCUGAGACCUUUUUCCCAGUUCAUUUUCUCCUCUGCAUCCUGCCCUUGAAUACCACCCGCACCAAACAACAAACUGCCCUGACGCUAUUGCAUCAGAAAGCAUCAUACGUUUGCAGGCAGCCUCCAUAUUUCAUCCUCUGAACGGUCCAAUAUAUUUCAGGUACUCCUGCUUCCUAAUGGCAUGUAGUAGCAUGUUUCCUAAUGGGCUUGCUUUUCUGAAGCCUUUUUAUGCUGCCCCUCUCUCUCUUUUUGAAGUAGAUUUGUAUGGGGUGUAGAAUAAUUCUGACUGAAACAGACAUUUUCAAAAAAGCUGAAGGAAAGAAACUGCCCAAUGAAGUUAUUGACUCACUGGUUGACUAAGAAAACUGUCAUGGGGUUGUUAAAGCCUGUAAAGAAAUUGCAAAUGUUGCUAUGAGAAUAGAGAGCAGUGUGGUGUAGUUUAUAGUUAAAUGUGAAGGUCUGAAAGCACACUUGAGAUAUUUUUCUAUCAGGGCUCUGAGACAGUGCUCCUCUGAUUUAAGAGAUCCUUUAAAAGCCUUAGUUAAUGUUUAUUUUAAUUUAAUUUUUAUACAUUCAUUGCAAAUAUGAAGCAAAAAAAUUCUAUACGUUGCAGGGAAAACACUGUGAAUUUCACACAACCAACCAAGUUACUAUUUUGCCAUCUUUUUUUAACAUAUGUCUCAGGAGAAGAAACGGGAACUGAUGGUUAUUUUUUUUUACCAUCUAUGCAUUCAAAGCCAGGUCUAUGGUUAUUUUGUUUGCUGAGAGAAGAUUUAAGAACGACAUUUGGUUAAAGCUAAGCCAAGGCAGCUAAUGCUGCUGACUGCAAGGCUGUUUGACAGGAAGAUAGAAGAAAACAGAAUUCAAACCUUUCCAGAGACCUACAUACAGCACAGGAGGUAUCUUUCUGAAACUUAAAAAUACCAAAUGUUGAAUCAACAGCUGAGAAUGUUUUGUAAAUCAGUAAUUCAAGCUGCUAUGGAUUUAAUUGCAACAUGAAUCAAUUUAAUUUGGAAAGUAUUUGUCCCAGUGCAAGGGGCCAUCUAUAGUAUAUGUACAUAGGCAAAUGUAUAUAGGUAUAUUUCUAGGUCUUUCUCUAGGCUUCUCAUUGUCUGUUGUGAGAGAAAGCAAGAGAAGGAGCUGGAGAUCAGUAUACAUAUCUAUAUUAAACUGUGACCUGGUGUUUUCCAUUUUUAUUUGAAUGUGACAUCUCCGUGCAGAUAUUUAGUGGUUCUUGUUUUGCCAUUUGUUAUCCAAAUCCACUGCUUAAAAAAAACAAAACUCAGCUGCAUCUUGGCUGAAUUUGAAGUGAUGCUUGAGUAGCAAUGUUAAAAAAAAUUGUUUGUGAAUCAUGUGAUCAGCUUCUCUCAGUUUGACAUGGAAAGUCUCUUGUACUAAAGUGUAUUUAAUGAAAAUGAUGUCCUACAAUAAACAGUGUCAUCCUCAAAAAAA